CUUGAUCAUCCUUCAUACACAUACACAGUGAUGCAUAAACGAAGUAACCAUCGGCGCCGUUUUUAUCAUUAGAUUACUUGCAUAAGGUCGUGAGCAAUGGUGCUCAAAUCUCGAAUUUCGCCAGAUAUAUUUCUACACAUUCCACCCGUCCAGCCACACCACCUAAAGGAGUCAGCUUCACGGACAACACAGGGCCAUGAGCACGGCCACAGCGAUAGUGUCAAUGUCCAUUUGAUCUUUCUGGUCACCGGAAAUCCAGGUCUAAUUGGAUAUUAUCACCCUUUUCUCAGUCAGAUUGUUGAUUUACUGCGUGAUGAUGCUGAUGGAGACGCCGUGGCGACAUGGACGUCAUCCAUGACGGUAGUAGCAGGGUUCAGUCUCGGUGGGUUCGAGGUCGAAGACUACAAGUACAAUAAGAACACUAGUCAUGGUGACGGAUUGAGGCGUCCAGGAAUAGCGAAUGGCAAUUAUGACGAUGGUGAUAAUGAUGACAACAUGAGGAGACAGUUAUUGUUUCCAGAUCAUGGCCAUUAUGGCGAAGAGCCAAGCUCGAAAAAGAUCUACUCGCUACAGGAACAGAUCGCGUUAUGUUACGCUCGAUUGCAGAGUCUAGUACGACGGGUUACAGAACAUGUCGAAGCGUCGACGGACAUGUCUGGGCAGCAUGGAUCUGAUAUCAAUGUCAAUGUCAAGGUCAAGGUCACUUUGAUGGGACACAGUGUCGGCGCCUAUAUUGCCCUAGAGUUGGUGCGGCUUUGUCAUGAGAAGAUGCGACGAUCCUCCCAAGACGGUGGAUAUACUACUGAGCCGACGGAGACGACGGAGACGACCCAACCCUGGUCCAUCGCGUCAUGUAUUCUCCUGACACCGACAAUCCAAGACCUCCACCUCUCCUCGUCCGGACGAAUAGCCACCCCUCUCUUAACCAGUAUUCCUAUCCCUCUACCAACUCUACUACAAUCACUCGUCAGUCAUGUUCUCGUCGCCACACUUCCCGCUUCAUGGUUGAAAUGGCUAGUGAGCCGCGUCACGAGUAUGAACGCUGAAAGUCAUGGAAUGGAGACGACACUGGCGUUUCUCACUAGUGCGACGGGGGUGCGUCAAGCGUUGUAUAUGGCCAAGUGUGAGCUUUUGGAAAUUAGGACGGAGAAGUGGGGGGAGGAGGUUUGGGGGGCCAGUGGUGGUGGUGGUGGUGGUGGUGGUGGUGAAGAGGAUGGUGAGAUUGGUGUUGGGGGUCAGCAUUCGCCGAAUCUGUUCUUUUGGUUUGCGAAACAGGAUCAUUGGGUUGCGGAUGCUACGAGAGAUGAAUUGUUUAAUAAGCGGAGAGGUCAACAUAUUGAUGAUGAUGGCUCAAUAUCUGACGGACGAGCGAGAAACGCAAAAACUCACUUUCGGAUAGAUGAGGCGGAUGGACUGGUGCAUGCUUGGUGUUUGGGUCAGAGUGAUCUUGUGGCUAAAAGGGUUAGUCGAUGGUUGAAGGAGGUGACUUGAGUCAAGAAGGUAGAUAAUAGACUGCGCUGAAGAAGAAAUCAUGAUGCUUUCAUCGGUCGUGGACUGACGAGAG